AUGGAUGAGCCAAAGCCAAAACGCCAGCACAUAUACUAUAACCGACGGGACAACAUUGAUGGCAGGAAGCGCAGGUCUAGCGUAAAAAAACACAAGGCACAAAAGCAUAAAGCCAGACAUUUCGCAGCACCGACCACCCUGUUGGAGCUUUACUCUAGCUUGAACGAAAAAUCUUUGAUCGAUACAAACAAAGGAUCAUUUUGGUUGCAUGAUAUUUUCAAACAGACAUCCAAAAAAGAUACGAUGGAUGCAGCACAACAAGAGCCAUCGACAUCAUCUCAAGGCUCUUACAAUCCUGGUAUUGCAGCAGCCCCACGCGACAAGAAGGAUGAUACUGCUGCAUCGGAUUCGGUUUUGGCGAAUCUCAAAAGAAUGUAUAAUAGCCAUCAGCAGAAAGUAGUAGAUGAUAAGAAAAGAGAUCAAGACCAUACAGACGAAAUGAUGGAAUUAAUGGGCGAGCUUGCAUUGAUGUAG